AGCCUAAUCAUGAAGAUAUCGUCAAUAUUGUUUAUCAAAUGUAUGAGAAAGAUGGCAUUUCUAGGGAUGAUGUUAUAAGAAUAGUGGACAAAUUUCCUAAUCAAGCUUUGGAUUUUUAUGGAGCUCUUAGGUCUCGAACAUAUGAUAAGUCAAUCUCAAAGUGGAUCGAUGAUAUUGGAGGUGUUGAAAAACUUGGGGACAAAUUGCUUAGACGAAAAAAGAAUGAAAAGCUUCCUGUAUUCACUCCCCCAAAGCAAACGCCGGAGGCUUUACUUGAAUCAGGGUGCUCGCUGCUCAAAGAACAGCAGCUGGUAAUGGAGAGUAAACUCUCCAAGGAAUACAUGAAGAACAUUGAUGAUUAGAAAGUAGAGCUUUAUUGAACGUCUUCUGUUAUGUUAUUAUUCUAUGAGUACAACGUUAUUGAUUGGUUACCCUUCAUUGGUUUAUACUGAGAUCCCUCUACAGGAAAAAGUUAAGCUUGUGUCAAACAAGUUUGAGCAUGUCAGAAACUGUGGGAAGAUAGGUAAUCCUAUAGAUUUAGGCAAUAAGUUAAAAAAAAAAAAAAAAAUGUUGAAUAUUCUUU